AUGUGUCCUAAUAAGUGCACAUACAUUCUCAAUAUCAAUAUCUUCAUCGGGAUCGAAGUUUUUGGUCAUUUCCAGGCAAUAGAGUAUUUUUCCAUCGGAUACAAACUUGUCUGCUUGCUCGGGGUCUUGAGCGUCGAAAGACGAUCUCCAGUUAUUGAUGAGACCGGAUUUGUUCACUAUCACCAGGCCUUCUACGUAGUCGAACUAAAAACUACCCCCAACCCACCAUCUCCUUGUGAUAUUCGUGAACCUGUGACGACCUCGAGCUGUAGAACCCGAAACCUCCACAUAAAAGGAGUCUGCAUCUUUGUGUACUUGAAUUCCAUUGAGGGUACGCAUAUUGAUCACGAUCCCUUGACGGGCCUGAGAUUGGCCCUGGGCCGAGUGGCCGAGGCCCCUGGCUGCCACUGUCAGGCCCGAAGUAGGGCCCAUUUGCCAUACAUGUCUUAUGAAACUUUCCUUGGGUGGAGGACAGCUAACGGGUGGUGGUGGAAUUGGUGGCCGAAGUCAUCUGCUGCAAACUCGUUUCCCUCGAAAGUAUAUGUAUAUAUGAGGUUGAGGCAAAAAACAAAAGGGUUUGUGUUUGUGUGUGGGAUUGUGGUAGGGGAGUGGAGCAAUAAUGGGAGGAAUUUUAUUAGAGUAGAGUUGGCAAAAUUCGGCGGGGCCCGCACACGGAGUUUUGAUUGUGGUCACCGUUUUCAGCUCGGUUCUGUCGACCAGCUUCCAGCUCGAUUUUCCUGUUUGAUCAGUAGUCUUUUCUUGGAGGGACAAACGAUUAACAACCAGAUAUGCCAAGAUGAAAAAGGUUGUAAUCCGCUAUCAAAUAUUUGUUUAGAUUUGUUAGAGAUAGCUCUAUCCCAUUGUUAUUCAAGAAUUGUAUAUGAGAUUUUCACCUCAUACGGCUCCUCAAGGAGUCAUAUGGAAUUUCUAGAAUUGUGA